AUGGCCAACAACACACCCGCUCAAAAGCGUACCUUCUUCAAUGAUGAGCAGUUCCCAGACGUUAUAGUCAAGUUUGGCAACCAGCAAAUCUUUGCUCACAAGGUUAUGCUUGCAAGCGGAUCGGUUUGGUUUGAGAAGGCUCUCUGUGGUAGCUUCAGUGUAUCUUUUGCUACCAUCCACGAGAUAUCGAAUGCUAGCCCCAACGCAAUCAUGGCCAUGCUCAAACAUCUCUAUGGUACGACAUACAAGAAGCAAGAAAUACAAAUCAAUGAUUGGAGCUAUCCAGAAUUUCACUUAACGGUCUUCAUGUUAGGAGACAAAUACGAUAUCAGAUCACUCAGAAAAGAGGCUGCAGAACAGUUCAACGAAUUUCUUGCAGGAGAGAUAUCAGAUGGCGCGUUCUACGAGGAAACCAUUCAUGCAAUUCAAAAGUUGCUUGGCUCUGAUGCUCAUCAACUUGCCGAUGAUUCACUGACCACGAAUGCUCAAAAACUGGUCCUCAAGCACUUCGAGACGUUCUUCGGAGACAGUACAUUCCGCGAGCUGUUGGGCGAUGGAACAAUGCUUACCAAAGACCUUACACAUGUGUUUUUGAACAAAAUCUACGACAAAAAAUUCUCUGACGGAAGCUGA